AUGGUGGGACUCAUCUACAUGGUCUCGGUGGUCCUCACGCAGGGAGCCACCGACUACCUCAAGGGCCCCGACGCUCCAACGGCUGCCAGUGCGGGUGCCAACCUCAGCGCGCCCGACGAGUACGAGCUGGUGCGCAGCAUGUACGGAACAUUGUUCAGCACGAUGUACACUUUAUUCCAGUGCGCGUCUGGAGGAAUCAGUUGGGGUGUGGCGUCAGAAGCGAUACGCGGGCCAGGCUGGCUGCUCGAGGCUAUUGUGGUUAGUUAUGUGUUCUUCAUGGUCUUCGCGGUUGCGAACAUUGUGAAUGCGCGGUGA